UUGAAUCAUUUUGGUAGAGGGGAUAAGAUAUUCGUGUAAUUGUGUUCGUCCAACUCCAUGUUUCGUGUUUAUAACCUGUCAUAUGAUAUAUUCUAGUAAUUGAUGCAUUUAAAGAUACAUUACGAAUUAAUUAUUUAUUUAUAGUUAAUAUAUUAUUAUUUGAAGUUAAGAAUAAACUCAUUGAACAAAAUUCUAUAACAAUAGAAGUAAAGAAAGUAAAGGAAACGAAGGAUAUAAUAUAUGAAAUUUUAACAGAAAAUUACAAAUUUAUAUAUCUAAUAUUACGAAUAUUAUCGAAUUUUCAUUUCUAAAUUAUUUUAUACAUUUUAACAAAUGACUGUGGAUGGCACUAACAGCAACGAACAAGUUAUUCUUGUAACAGGUGGUUAUGAUCAUACUAUCAAAAUAUGGCAACCUCAUACUGGAGUUUGUCAACGUACUACAGAACACACAGAUUCGCAAGUUAAUGCUUUAGAUAUUACUCCUGAUAAAUAUUUGAUAGCUGCUGCUGGAUAUCAACAUAUAAGAAUGUACGAUUUAGUUUCAAAUAAUCCAAAUCCAAUUAUUAAUUAUGAAGGAGUAUCAAAAAAUAUUACAGGCUUGGGUUUUCAGGAAGAGGGUAAAUGGAUGUAUACAGGUGGUGAAGACUGUUCAGCUCGGAUUUGGGAUCUCAGGUCAAGUAGUUUUCAAUGCCAACGAAUAUUUCAAGUAUCAGCUCCUGUCAAUUGUGUUUGUUUGCAUCCAAAUCAAGCAGAACUUAUUGUUGGUGAUCAAAGUGGUGUUAUACAUUUAUGGGAUUUACGAUCAGAUCAUAAUGAACAAUUGAUACCAGAAGCCGAAGCAUCUGUACAAGAUGUUGCAAUUGAUCAAGACGGUACAUAUAUGGCAGCAGUAAACAACAAAGGUCAUUGUUAUAUUUGGACGCUUACAGGAGGAGUAGGUGACGAGCCUACGCGUCUUAAUCCUCGUCACAAACUUUCAGCACAUAAACGUUAUGCGCUUCGAUGUAAAUUUAGUCCUGAUUCCACACUUUUAGUAACUACAUCCGCUGAUCAAACUGCUCGAGUUUGGAAAACUACGGAUUUUUCUGAAGUACAAGUACUUCAACAUGAAGCAAAACGAUGGGUUUGGGAUGCUGCAUUUAGCGCAGAUUCACAAUAUAUAUUUACCGGUAACAACAUAAUUUUUUUUUUACGUUUUAUUAUAUUUUGUUUUAGAUUCAAUUUUAACAUUUUAUUCAAUUUAGCUUCGUCCGAUGGUGUUGCAAGAUUAUGGAAUGUAUCAACAGGAGCAGUAGAACGAGAAUAUCAAGGUCAUCAAAAAGCAGUUACUGCUCUUGCUUUUCGUGACGAAGUACUUUCUAUUUCCUAAACGAAUGAUAUAUUUCUUCAAAUUUUUAAAUAAAAUAUCCCAUUUGUACAUUUUUAAUAAUGAAGAAUAUCCACUUCAACUUUGAAUUUAUAGUACACUAUCUGUAUUUUCCGUAUUUUUUUUUUUGUUUGUUUGUGCCUUUCUUUUUUUUCUAUUUUUCAAUUAUUAUAUUUAUUUUGAUCUUUAUUGUAUACGAUUAUAAUAUGUUCUCUCAUGUAUUUCGAUCUUAAAAUAGAUUUGUUGAUAUUUUCGUUUAUAUAAUCACAACAUGACUUAUAAAUAUCUACAUAACAUUAAUAUUAUCUCAGAAUAUAAUAAUAAAGAUAAAACUGUAAUUACAAUCUGAGAAAUAAAGUAAAAGAAACAAUA